AUGAUGACAGGUGACAACUUUCUUCAAGAUCUUCUUGAUGUUGGAAUGUCCCCAUCUUCAUCACAACCAGAUAAAAUCAUGAAGUAUUCAAAAGCCAUGGUUGCAUCUCAGCUUUAUGAGGAACCUGUUGAUCCAUCGGUUGCUUCCCAAAAAAGUAUAUUUGUUGUUGGCAUGAUUUGCUGUGAAGAAGAAGGGCGUUUAAAGGAAAAACCAAUCAUUCUUCAAAGCAAAGUUGAGCAUUUUGGAGGUCAACGUGUGUGCCUUGACUUACAGAAACUAGACCAGUUUUCCUUUUUCCCAGGCCAGGUGGCAGGCAUUAAAGGACAUAAUCCAAGUGGGCACUAUUUAAUUGCAACAAAGAUUGUUGAUUUUGUACCGUUAUCAGUCCCUGAUGAUGAAAAUAUUCCUCAAAAGAAGAGACAAGUUAUGGAUGAAAAUAACAAGCCUACUGAUUUAUCUGAUAUAACAUCAGAUCUAUCAUUGCCUGCUUUUGAUAUGAAUAUAGUUGAUCAAGAUUGGCAGAUAACGUGCAUUACAAAUCCAGGAAUGAUCUCAACAAAUAAGGAUGUUGUAGUGUGGAUGUCCUGA